AGGUAUUUCAUCAAGGUAAAUAAAGCAUGUCUGCGUCGCACCUUUUGAGAACCACUCACGUUUCCUUAUGAAUGGACUUUUUUUUGUUUUUGUUUUGUUUUGUGUAUUUCGAUAGUUUUACACAUCUCGCUGUUAAGAUUAUUGCAGGAAACCCACAAUGGCCAGGUGAGAUAUUAUUACCAAAUUCCAACUAAACGUUAAUAUUUUUUAAUUUAUUUUAAAAAAACUGAAAUGUAAACGCAAUGUAUAUGGCAACGCUUUAGAAAUGUGCUUCAAACAAGACCAGACGCCAUCAUGUUGGCAAACUACGCCACCUGCUGACCGUUUGACAGCCUGUUGUCGACCUCCGGGAAGUAGAAAUCAAUACAUUAUGUGACCUAUUCUGAUAUUUUGUAAGUGAAAGAACACCAACGCUUUUUUUUAAAGCAUUCGUUAUAGCUUGGGGGUACAUACAAACUAUAUUCGUGUAUGAUAUCUUGAGGCUACAGUUUGUGUUGCUCUUGGAUUAUAUUGAAUUAUAUAGAGGUGUAAUAUAUUGUCCAACCAUUUAUAUCAAUUGGAAACGUAUUCCAAUACAAGGCAAUUCAUCAGAACUACAUACUCCAGAAUUACCUAGAAGUUAAGUCAAAACAGCCUUCAACAGUUUUAACAAAAACGGAAUAUCAUAACUUCAUUAAGGUAUGAUUCAUUGCAUACAUUUUAAAACACAUAUUCAUAUUCUAAUCGAUCAAAAACAUGAAUCGUAUGUCUAUUUUACUCUCUAAUUAUAUACAGGUACUGUAUAUGCUCACAUCUCCAGUAUGGAGCAGUGGUGUCAUCAUACAUUACUACUAUAUAAAGAGUUGGUGGCGCCAUCUACUGGCCAGUGUCAACAACGUCUCUUGCAGUCUGGACUACAUGUGACAUUAUGAAAUCGUCACACAUACGUAGGCCCUAUUACUGUCUCACACAAAGAAGCUGCCAAGUCGUUUUGCCCGAUACUAAUAAAUCAACUUCACAGCCAGUGCUGUGAUAUAAUAGUGUCUCAAUAAAUGUACCGACACACACACUUAGUUACAAACAGGAUGCCUCUGAAUCUCCUGAGAUGAUAUUAUAUAUUGACUUCGAUCACUGUCUUUCUGUGUGUGUUGAACAUACAUCCCUAUCUACGGCAUCGGGCCUUUGUGAAGUCAUGCCGCUGGUACGGCAACGGUACAGUGUGUGUGUGCGCGCGUGUGUGUGCGCGCGCACGUGUACUAUCCGUUAUUUUCCGGGUUGUGUGUCUCAUCGCAGGCGGUAGUUGCUCUGUUGCAGCCGCCAGAUGACAUUUGUGCUGAGGAGGUGAGGUCAAAUUUGACUCUCUCUCUCACUCUCUCUCUCUCCCUCUCUCCCUCCCUCCCUCUCUCCCCCCCCCCCCUCUCUCUGUCUGUCUGUCUGUCUGCGAGAGAGGCGUCUAACUAGCGCAGAAUCAUCCUCAUCAUGGCGGAUCAAGGCGAAGCUCCGGCUCCUGUCCUCCACCCUCAACCAGCGCUGACAACCAGCUGGCCAAUUACCAGGGAGUCGUACGAGCUGCAGGAAGUCAUAGGCAGCGGGGCCACAGCUGUGGUGCAGGCAGCCCUCUGUACCCCCAGACAGGAGCGCGUCGCCAUAAAGAGAAUAAACCUGGAAAAAUGCCAGACCAGCAUGGAUGAGCUAUUGAAAGAAAUCCAAGCUAUGAGCCAGUGCUACCAUCCCAACGUUGUCACCUACUACACCUCCUUUGUAGUGAAGGAUGAACUUUGGUUAGUCAUGAAGCUUCUGAGUGGAGGCUCUAUGCUGGACAUAAUUAAGCACACAAACAAAGAAGAGGACAGAAAUCGAGCGCUCGAUGAGCCUAUAAUUGCUACUAUAUUAAAAGAAGUUCUCGAGGGCCUGGACUAUCUGCAUAGACAUGGACAGAUUCACCGGGAUGUAAAAGCUGGGAACAUACUACUGGGAGAAGAUGGAUCAGUUCAGAUUGCAGAUUUUGGAGUAAGCGCAUUCCUAGCCACAGGGGGAGAUAUGACUAGAAAUAAAGUACGAAAGACCUUUGUUGGCACGCCAUGCUGGAUGGCGCCGGAGGUGAUGGAACAGGUUCGAGGCUAUGAUUUCAAAGCAGAUAUAUGGAGCUUUGGAAUUACAGCCAUAGAGUUAGCAACAGGCUCUGCACCCUAUCACCGCUACCCUCCCAUGAAGGUUUUAAUGCUCACCCUACAGAAUGAUCCACCCACUCUAGAGACGGGCGUAGAAGACAAGGAAAUGCUAAAAAGAUACGGCAAAUCGUUUAGAAAGCUAAUAACUAUGUGCCUUCAGAAGGAUCCUGCCAAAAGGCCAACAGCCGCAGAGCUUUUGAAGUGUAAAUUCUUCCAAAAGGCCAAGAACAAAGAAUAUUUGGUUGAAAAGCUUUUGUGUCGCGCACCAAAGAUUUCCCAGAGAGCGAAGAAGGUGAGGAGAGUCCCGGGCUCCAGUGGCCACCUGCACAAGACAGAAGAUGGAGACUGGGAGUGGAGCGACGACGAGCUGGACGAGAGCAGCGAGGAGGGCAAGGCAGCGGUGAAUCAGGGCCGGUCACGAAGGGUCAGAGAUGAGGCCAAAGAUGUUGAGCCGUUUGGGAACACAGCCAACAUGGAAGGUGCUUUGAACAUGGUGCUACGGCUAAGGAACUCUAGAAAGGAGCUUAAUGACAUCCGGUUUGAAUUCACACCCGGGCGAGACACAGCUGAAGGCGUUUCCCAGGAACUGUUCUCGGCCGGCCUGGUCAACGGGCAAGAUGUUCUUAUUGUUGCUGCUAACCUUCAGAAGAUUGUAGAUGACCCAACUACCUACAAAGUGUUGACCUUUAAGCUGGCUUCUGGCUGCGACGACUCGGAGAUCCCGGACGAGGUGAAGCUGAUCGGCUUUGCACAGCUAAGUGUUAGCUGAUGCCCUCUUCAUGCCUGAAGCAGGUGAGACAGUGGGGAGACAGUUCAGGGCAGACAGACUGAGGAACAUACCAUCACUUCCUGAAACAUCUCCCCCCACCACCCUCCCUGAAAACUCACACUCCCUCCUCCCUCACUCCUUUUCACCUUCCCUGACCCCAAGCUUGGCCACGGCACCACCUACACCUUCUUAGCGCCAACUUCCCUGCUUACUGUCCCCUGACCGUUACCUUAAAAACAUUCCACCGCCUAGCGCACAGAGCGGGAUCAGGAGACAGCCCAGGAACUUAAAGAUGUACUCAGGUGGUGACACAAGGUGAUUAAGAUGUAGCUUUGAAUGUUUUCUUUUUUUUCCUUCUUUCUUUUACUUGUUUUACAUCACAUUACCUUUGUGUUCAGCAAAGCUCUCAUUAUUUAUUGAAAUGAGAAGGUAUUUUUAUGUUUCUCAUGCUUUUUUUUCCAUAGUGAAAACAAUUUGACUGGCAUCUCACCAACACACUCAUUUGUGAUGUUUCCCUAAGGUCUUUUGGCUGAAUGUAAUAUUUAGUUAAUUUAUGGGGAAAAGCACAUUUUCAUAACAACAUACUGAAUGUCUAAAAAGAGAAUGAUUUGUAUUUCUGUGUCAAGACCUGUUUUACAUUGACAAGAAGGGAACCAUGUGCUCGAGAGUGCAGGAUAAAAAAGAAGAGACCUGGAUGCUACUGUGUUUAAUUUGCUGCUCUUCAAAAAUAGCUUCAGAAAUGUUAGAGGUGCCUUGUUCAUUUUUCUGUGCCUAAGAAAGUAGACAAUGAGUGAGCAUACACAAAGAGCCAAACCUGCUGAUUACCAUUUCAAUUCUAAUCAAGCAUUCUAACUUAAUGAGACAAGCUACAAUGCACUUUUGGGCUGAGUGUGUGCACCCAAUGAGCAAAUGCUUAGCCCCUGGAGACAAGUUAAGCACAAGUAGUGCUUUUCAGACAAAUGAAACGUAACAGAACCUGCAGUCAUGGGAUCAGCUGUCUUCAGAUGACAGGUUCAUUGACAAAACCACAACAGUUUAAUUUUCUUGCACUGUCCUGCUGCACUACAAAACCCUUUGUUUCCAAAAAUGUAGUAGUUACUAAAAUGUACUGUAUGACAAUGCAUCUGGGGAUGAAACCAAAAGGCAACUAUUGAAAGGGUGACAAGCCAUUUGUUUGUCAAAAACAAGUCCAGCUCUAAAUUAUUUUUAAGUAUUGAGAUGGUAAAUAUAACUUCUACUUAAUUCUUUAUUAUGAAGUAAUUUAUUGUGUUUUCUAUGUACAGUAUGUGUCCCAUUUCAGCAUAUAACCCCUGUUCCCUCUCUGUAAUCAGCUGAUGUCAAAUUUCUGACGAAAAGCCACAAUAAAGAAUUGCUAUUAUUUA